CUUGUCGCAUAGCGCUGAGGGACCAGAGGUUUAGGGUUAGGGGAACACAUUCAGGAAGCUGUGUCCGCUGAUAAGACCGGAGGGAAGACAUACGUAAAGACAAAUACACACAAUUUCAACGUUUUUUUUGUUUUUUUGUUGUUGAGAAUAAGACGGAUAAUUUGUAAGAGUUUCUUUUGGCGUUACCUUUAGGACGUAUGGUCUCUGGGUAGUGUGAUCGUCACUCCUGGACAUGGCAGGUCUCUAUGGACUGAAGAUCCUGCUGCUGUGUACUGGGCUCAUAGAGCUGGCCAUAUGCUCCACAAGAACAAUACCCCCACCAGGAACAGUAGCCAUCAUCAACAAACCCACAAGCAUUCCCAUCACACCUUUAAACUCUCAGACAGCAUCCAUCUCAACCACUCCUCCACCCAUAAAUGACCAAGACAAAAGCAUUAUCUCCAGUACUUCACCCACACAAUCCACCAAGAAUGCAAACGACUCCACAGGCCCUUUACUUCAAAACACCACCACCAUCACCACGACAGCCACUACAACCCUCUCACCUUCACUCAGUUCGCUUACCCCCACCUCAAACAUCAUCACUCGGGCAUCAAGCCAAGCUACCCUCUCCAACGUAACUGGCGACUCGAGCACAAGCACUUCUGACCCUGCAAGCACCCUCAACCAAACCCAGACAUCUGACCCUGCAAGCACCCUCAACCAAACCCAGACAUCUGACCCUGCAAGCACCCUCAACCAAACCCAGACAUCUGACCCUGCAAGCACUGCAGUCGCCCAAACCCAGACAUCUGACCCUGCAAGCACUGCAGUCGCCCAAACCCAGACAUCUGACCCUGCAAGCACCCUCAACCAAACCCCAGCCUUUUCUACAAACACCUCCACCUCUCAAUCCCAGGCCUACAAAAACUCUUUGCCUACAAGCACUCCACCCAUUCACAACCAAACCUCACCUGCAAGCACCCUGACUUCCACUACAGCUAUCCCCACAGGCAGCCAGACUAAACCAACACCGCCAAAGUGUACAUACACGGUCACGCCUGUCAUCUAUGGCUUUCGGAUUGACUUAAAGGCCUCAACCUCCGACACAUACAACAUAUCGUACCAGGAUGAAUCAGGACAACACAUGACUGUUGAGCAUCAAACGGUGAACAACACUAUUGUGGUAUCAUUGAAGCCUUGCAGGAAAUACACUUUUACGACGAUUCAGCCUGAAUGUGAACUCCAAGGAAAUAGCACUCUGAGGACUGAGAAAAUGGAUGACCUAGAGUUUUCCACCAACACGAAGCCGGGAUAUUUGUGUUAUGUGACGAAAUGGGAUAUCAGUGAUGCUGAAUGGAACAGUCCUGUUAUCACCUGGGACAAAGACAACUGUUUUGAGCUUUUAGAUGAACAUUUCUGCACAAACUUCACAACCAAUGUAGCUGUGCCUGGAGAUUGCAGUGUCAACAUCAGCAAAACUAUACCCAUAACAGCAGAGUAUUCUACAGUCAAACACUCUCCCAAUCUGGAAUUCAAAAACGUACUCCCUGUUGAAAUAGUAUGGAAAAACAAGCCAAAAAACUGUAGCCCUAAAGAUCUGGACAUUCAUUACACCUGUGAAGGAAACAACGGGUCUAUCAACUUGGAUGAUUUGGAACCCUUUCAGAAAUACAACUGUAGUGGAAAGUUUACUCACAACAGUAAAGUCAUCAAUACCAAGUCCAUUGACAUUGAAAUCAAGUGUAAAGUGGACAUUACCCAAACGUCUACAAACACCUCCAUAAGCCUUAAAUGGACCAAUGACAGCAUUAACUGCCCCAACAAUACUCAGCUAUUUCACUCCUGCGUUUCCUGUAGAAUUGAGACUAAAGUUAAAGAUUGUUACACCACGGAUGAAUUACAUUAUGAUUUUAAUAAAUUGCAGCCGUUCACAAAGUAUAUCUGUUCAAUUGAGCCAAGGUACAAAGACAUGAGCUACGAUACACUCAAAAAAGUGUCUAAGACAAUCCAAACUGCACCUGGAGUACCUGAUGAGGUGGUGAAAACGAGUCUGACUUAUACUCAGAACAAUGCUUUUACCAUUACAUGUGAGGAAUUAAAGCCAGUUCAGUGGAAGGGAAAAGAGAAGUGGUACAUUGCAACGAUCACUGGGUCUGAGACAAAAGAACAAAAACAUAAAAAAUGCAAUUUUACAUUUGCGGACCUCGGCUAUUCAACAGACUACACAGUUCAGAUCUUUACAUACAAUGGGAAAUACAAGAGUAAACCAAUAGAAAAACACAUUACUACUCGCUACAAUGACAAAGCUGUGACUGUGUUCCUCAUCAUCCUGACGUCUCUGGCUCUCCUCUUCUUUCUCUACAAGAUCUACAACCUGCAGCGCAAGACGUCCAACACAACAUCUGAGACAAAGACAACUGUCAUGUUCAUCAGUGGAACAGUUCCCUUGCCUCGAGGAUUCAGAGGGGUAAAAACUGAUGCUUGGUACACUCUUAGAUGAUGCCACUUCUACUGGUUUCCUUGAGGAACGCCUCAGGAACCUGAGAAAGAGACGUCGGGGACCAGAACGGCUCAACUCUACAUCUGCAGCCGCUGAAGAUAUAACAGACAAAGCAGGAAUCCUGUAUUGACAAUGAUAUUAGGCCACAUUUUAGUUUGAUGCUUUCCUAGAUGGUCUACUGUAUUUCAGACAUCAGAUGCAAUUUUGUUGAUAUACACAACUCACUAUAUUUAGGGAAAGAGGGAUUUCCCAGGUGAAAUGUAACUUGAUAUGACAUACUUUUUUGCCAGUGACGACCCGACAUUCAGGGCAGAUGGAGCAGAGUCCCACCUGUUUGGAGUCACACAUUUUUAGCUUAAAAACAUAAAUAAAUAUUUGUGUGUGUUUUUUUUGGUGGGGGGGAGGGGCUGUUUUACAUGUUAUUUUGCCAUUAAUAUGUGUCACAUUUCAGUUCGCAAACAAUGUAAAGAAAAUCAUUGAAUUAAUAAAGCCGCAGACAAACAUGG